AUAAUAAUUUACAUCUCUGUAUAUCAAUAUUGUGUUCAUGUUGAUAUUAAUACUAGAGUUAAAAUUUACGUUACAUACUUUUUAUAAACAAAGUGAAUUUAUGUAAUUGAAAUACAAUUUAUGUCAUGUAACUGAUUCAUUCUUUUUAUAAACGAUUCGUCAAGUAAUAAUGCCUGACAACAAUCCAGUUAAUGACCAAAGGAUACCUUUAUUCUUAAGAAAACUUUGGACCUUAGUUAACAGCCCUGAUACUAACAAUGUCAUAACUUGGAGUAAAGAAGGAGACAGCUUUAUUAUAAAAAGUCAAGUAGCAUUUUGUGAUGUUCUUCCAAGAUAUUUCAAGCAUAAUAAUUUUAUGAGUUUUGUUAGACAGCUACAUAUAUAUGGUUUUAGUAAAAGAAUAUCUGAUGUAGAUCAUACAUCUAAUCAUGGAUCAUCUUCAUCGUGUGAAUAUGCACAUCCUUAUUUUCAAAAGGAUCAUUCGUGUUUAUUGUUAUCAAUUAAACAAAAAAGAGGAGAAAAAGUACAACAAAAUAUUAAACCUGAUAUAGAUUCAAUUGAUACAAUUAGUAAUCUUAUAAAGGAAGUAAAUCAAGUGAAGGAUAAAAACAAAUUACUUGAUUCAAAAUUCAUUGCCAUGAAACAUGAAAACGAAUGCCUAUGGCGUGAACUUGCAGUUAUAAGACAGAAACAUAUGAAACAACAAAGGAUAUUAAAUCAACUGAUACAAUUCCUUGUUACUCUACGGCAACCUAGAAACAAUGAUGCAUUAUGUAGAGAAGUGAAAAACAAUGUUAGAUAUGUACUUCCCAUCAUGCAUCACAAACCAUCUGAAAAGAACACAAAAUAUAAGCCUUCUACUUCGUCAGGACCUGUUAUCCACGAACUAGACCCCUCUGACAUUAUAAUAAAUUCUAGUGAUAAUGAAAAUAAUUCUGUAGCUAUUUUCAAUGAAGUUGUUGAACCUGAAGAUGUUGUUUUAAGUCCUUCUAGUGUGUCACAAAUAUUAAGUAGUCCUAGAAGUUCAAUAGCUGAAGAAGUUUUACUUCCAAAUGAAGUUAUAGCUAAUUCUCCGCUUGAUGAUUUGAUUAGAGAAGUUUCCGUUUCUCCAACUGAUGAUUUAUUGGAACCAAAAUCUACUUUCAUCCCUAUAUCCUCCUCUACUUCUAUACCUGAUACAGCUCCGUUAUUUAAUUCAUCUGGAAAAAGAACAAAACAUGAUAGUUCCAUAAAAAAAAAGCCACAUAUUUCAAAUGAAACUAAGAGUUUUAAAGUUGAGUCUUUAAGAAACCCAUAUAUUGUAAAUGUUGAAACUGAUGGUAAUAACCCUCCAGUUAUAUCAAUUCCUGAUACUGAAGUUUUAGAUCCAGGCGUGUCUAUUCCUAAUGAUAAUAUUUUAUGGAAUGAAAUAACUCCAGAAAAUAAUAUGCAGCUUGCUAAUCCAGAACCAAGGCAAGUUAUAACACAUAGUAACAACAGUUCAGUGUCAACUGAUUUUCCUUUAAUUAUAGAAAAGGAAAGUGUUAGUAAACAUAUUGAUUCUGUUCAAGCAGAUUUAGAGAAUAUAUUAAAAGGUUUAAAUGAUAAAUAUACAUUUGAUGCCAACACAUUCUUGAAUUUUAUAAACGAGGAUCCUACUAGUUUGAGUUUGCCUAUUACAACAGAAGAGCAAUUACUUAAUGAUUCUAAAAAUGAACUAAAUGUAACACAUGACAAUCAAAUUGUAUCUUGUAUGUCACCAAAUACUUAUGACUUAAAUGAUUUAAUGAGUGCAUCAGUGGAUUGGUCAGUACCAAGUACUCCAAUUUCAUUUGAAACUAUAGGUGAAAACAAUGAUGUGUUAAAUACUCCAGUUAUUGGUGAUCCUAUGAUGAAUGCUGAUUCAUAUUUUACUCCUUCAACUAAACCUGCUAAAAAGUAGUGCCACUUUCGUGAAAUAUUAUUUUCUUCUAAUACUAUUUUAUUUUAUUUUAUUUUUAUGUUUAAUUGACUAUAACUAUAUUUUAUAAAAUCAAUUUACAAAACUGAUUUAUUUUAAAACAAAUUAUAUUACAAGAACAAACACUAAAGUUUAAAAAUAUUAUAGCUAUUUUUUUCUGGAAAAUCUCAGUAUGCAUAUAAGGAUACUUAUAUGCAUUUUUUUGUAAAGUUUAUUAAUUCUUAUGUUAUUAAACAGUUAAACUUAAUUUCAAAGUCAUCUUAAUAUAUAGUUGUAUUAUAAGUGUCUAUGUAAUAAGACCCAUUCAAUUUUGCCAUGUAAUGUUU